AUGCACUUGUCGCAGUAUUAUAAUGAUGAAAUGGAGGCAACGGGAUAUGAAACCUAUUCAAGGAAUCCCUAUGGAACACAAAACGGCGGAAUUCUAGCAAGCAAGGUAAUUCAUUCAUCAAAACUUCCUGGCGCACCUGUUCUAACAAGUGAUAUUAAUGACAAAGCAUCAAGUGCAGUUUAUAAAUUGGUGAUUGCUCAAUUUAUUGGCACUAUUAUGGUUGUGAUGUCUCAUGUAUUGUGCCACGAGUCGUCAACCAAGCAUUCGUUGAGGAUCGGAAAAUUGAAAAAAAACUCAGUCGCUCUCCUAUCGUCAAUUUCUCUUUCAUCCUUCAUAAGUUUGCUUCAGUCGACGGUCGGAUGGAAUUCGUUGAUGGCAACUGCUAUUGCAUUGAGUCGCGCCUUUCACGGAGUACAAGAAUAUCCGGAAGUCCAAGAAUUCAAUGAUCAUUUCGUCUUCUGGCUAGGACCAACAAUGUCAAGUCUUUUUGCUUCCAUGUUAUACAGACUUCUUUACGCUCCUGAAAAACGACGUCUUCUUAGCUGCUCCUGCGAAGAUGAUGAGACCAGAGCAAUUGACCUUUGA